AGGAAGUUGGAGUUGGAGUUGGAGUUUGUCCCCUGCUCAAAUGUUCAAAUCAAUUUUUGGUUUAAAAGAAAUUUAAUUUCCCAUAGUUUUUAACUACUUUAAUAGGGAAAAAGUAUAUAAAUAGUGUGAUUUACUAAAAUAAUAUGACUAUGAAUUCAAUGCAAACGCAACCACUUGUGUCUCCUCUCCCAACCCUAAACUUGUUUUUCUUAUAUAUUAUUCUCUCAUCCCUCAAAUCUCUGUUGUUUUACUAUACUUAGAAUUUGGUUUAGUUUUUUUUGGGUCUUUGAUAGUUUGAUUACAAUAUUUCAUUUUUUUUAUUAUUCAUUUUCAUUCUUUGGGAUUUGGGAUGAGAGACGGAAGAGCGGGCUCAAACACGGUGUUCGAAGAGGCUGAUAGCCUUAGAAGAUCCCAGUAUGGAGACAUGAAGUAUCCGGAUCCUAGCAUGCCAGUGAAUGCUCCUAUGACUGCAGCAGAUGAUUUAUGCCUUGUUUACAGCAAUACGGCAGCUAAUUGCCCUGCCUUCUGUGAAGGCAACAGGUUGAGUUGUGAAGUUUCACCCCUAACCAUGUCACCAUGGAACCAAACCAAUACUAUGGAAAAAUCUUCAUGGGUCCCUUUCGACGACGAUAACACGGUUCCGGUGAAUAGCCUCAUCGGGUCUCUCACACGUGAAGAGGGACAUAUUUAUUCCUUAGCAGCCACAAAGGAUCUCCUUUACACUGGCUCCGAUAGCAAGAACAUUCGUGUGUGGAAGAAUCUUAAAGAAUUUACAGGCUUUAAAUCAAAUAGUGGUUUGGUUAAGGCCAUUGUGAUAUCAGGUGAAAAGAUUUUCACUGGCCAUCAAGAUGGGAAGAUUCGUGUUUGGAAAAGCUCCCUUAAGAACCCUACCCUUCAUAAAAGAGCCGGUACUUUGCCAACCCUAAAAGAUAUCCUUAAAAGUUCUAUUAAACCAAGCAAUUACGUGGAAGUGAGACGUAAACGUGCUUUAUGGAUCAAACAUUCGGAUGCGGUAUCGUGUUUGAGCAUGAACGAGGAACAAGGUCUUCUUUAUUCAGCUUCUUGGGACCGGAGCUUUAAAGUUUGGAGAAUUUCAGAUUCUAAAUGUCUUGAAUCAGUUCAGGCGCACGACGAUGCCGUUAACUCCGUGGUUUCAAGCUUCGGUGAACUGAUUUUCACAGGUUCAGCAGAUGGAACAGUUAAAGUGUGGAAAAGAGAACUGCUUCGGAAAGGAACAAAGCAUACGUUGGAUCAAACGCUUAUAAAACAAGAAUGUGCAGUAACAGCGUUAGCAAUCAUCACCUCUUCAGGUCCAGCGUUGUACUGUGGCUCCAGUGACGGUUUGAUCACAUACCGAGAACUCGCAAAGGACUUCUCCCAGGGUGGUGCUCUUAAAGGCCACAAGAUGGCGGUUCUUUGCCUCGAGGCAGCUGGGAACUUUUUGUUUAGUGGUUCAGCUGAUAAGACUAUAUGUAUUUGGCGUAGGGACGGCAGCGUCCACACGAACAUUUCAGUGCUUACGGGGCAUACGGGGCCUGUGAAGUGCUUGGCAGUGGAAAAGGAUCUGGAAUCAAAGAAAGAGCAGCGGUGGAUUGUCUACAGUGGGAGCCUCGAUAAGUCGGUGAAGGUAUGGAGCGUGUCGGAGUUUCCUCAGGUGGGGGCGAUGCAGUCGAAACAUCAGCACCAGGUGAGUUAUGAUACGGAAUCUUUCCCAUGUGACGGGAGCUCCACCAGCAUAACCAGCCCGCACGGGACAUACUGAUAACAACACGUGUGCGUGGUUGAGUUUUGCUUAAACUCAGGGUAAAGGCAUAUUUUCUUUUUUGAUUGAAGUUAAAUUGUGUAUUUUAUGAUAGUAAAAUAUGUAAUUUUAUCUUUUUAAUAGUUAUAU